UCGAGGGGCCAGCGGCUUUCUUCGUCGUUUUUUUUAAUCUUCUGGAUAUUUUUCGAGGCCUUUGACCCUCAUAAGACGAGGCUUCUUCCCCUGGUAUACAUAUCUUUGCUCUGCUUUGUAUGAUCUUCUAACAGAGCUCUCUCAUUUUGGCUUUUUUCCCCUGCUUUUGGUUGUUGAUGUAAUAAUGCCUUGGAGGAAUGUUGGAUCUCUUUCUUGUUUUAGGAUUUUCGGCGUCGCCUUUCAGGUUUUCUUCGGGUUAUUUAGGUUGUAUCUCAAACGGGGCCACAGCUUUCUUCCGUAACUAGCGAUUGCCUUCUACCCAUUAAUUUCCCAUUGAUAGAUCACCAGAAUCAAGAGGAUCAAAAGGACAGCAGAAUGAGAGAAGUGCAGCUUGGUUCUCACACUCUAAGAUCUCAUGGAGUCGCUGUCGCAAGGAUACACAUGCAUGAUUGGUGUAUAGUUCUUCUUCUUGUGCUGACUGAGAUCAUCCUAAAUACGAUCCAUCCAUUUUAUCGCUUUGUUGGGAAGGACAUGAUGACCGAUCUCAGAUUUCCCUUUAAAGAAAAUACUGUUCCUAUUUGGGCUGUACCCAUUUACGCAGGGCUGCUACCAAUAGUAAUCUUUCUGUUCAUAUAUUGGCGUAGAAGGGACGUCUAUGAUCUUCAUCAUGCCAUACUAGGCCUCCUUUACUCCCUCUUAAUAACAGGAGUCAUUACCGAUGCAAUAAAAGUUGCGGUUGGACGACCUCGACCGAACUUCUUUUGGCGUUGUUUUCCUGAUGGGAAAGACGUUUAUGAUGCAUUAGGCGAUGUUAUAUGUCAUGGUGAUGCCAGUGUUAUCAAGGAAGGGCAUAAGAGCUUUCCGAGUGGGCAUACUUCAUGGUCAUUUGCUGGUCUCGGUUUCCUAUCAUUGUACUUGUCUGGAAAAAUACAAGUAUUCGACCAGCGGGGCCACAUUGCAAAACUCUGCAUUGUUUUCCUUCCCUUGCUUUUUGCAGCUCUCGUGGGCGUUUCUCGGGUGGACGAUUACUGGCACCAUUGGCAGGAUGUGUUUGCCGGAGGUCUGCUCGGGCUUGUAGUGUCUACCUUCUGCUACUUGCAGUUCUUUCCACCUCCAUACCACUCUCAAGGCUGGGGACCAUAUGCAUACUUCAGGGUGUUGGAGUCGCUUGCUAAUCCACCGCCCCAGCCAGCGAAUGCUGCAAAUGUGCGCAAUGAACAGGACGUUGAAAGGCAGACUGAGAACGACGAGGAUGACCGACGAAGCAACGGCAGAUUUAUAGGACUGUCCACUGAUACUAAUUCUCGUUCAACGAUGGAGGAAACUGAAACUGAGAGGAAGUAACUGCUUGACAAUAUGUUGCUUUGGAGGCUCUAUACUCUACUAACAUUGGUUUGUUUUUGAUUCAUAGGCUAAUUAUAAUAUUAUAUGGUAUGGUUCUUUUGUACAGAAGCUUUUUCUUUGGUUUAAUUUUAUGCUAUGGUUCGCCUUAAUGCUGUAAACGGGUCGUUUUGGCUCGAUUUUUGACCAAGCUAAUGCUAAACUGAUCCUUUUUUUUUUAGGUAA